AUGUCCCUGGCUCAGAAGAAGAACCCUAUCGAGCCGGUCGUCAAUUUUAAUGGGGGUGCGUCUGAUCAUGCGAGGGCGUAUGACACGCCAACCACAGUGAGCGAUCGUGAUACCAAACCGUCUCCUCGCGACACGGGCACGAUUGUCGUGAAAGACGAGGGAAUCAGUUACAUAGACAGCGCCGACUGGCGCGCAGUUCUGGAAGAGAUCAAUGGCGUGAAAGAGUACCUCGAUGAGCAUGAAAACUUUGACGAUGAAAAACGUGAAGAUGGCCUAGGCGAUGAUUCCUCUCCAGCUUUGUUGUUGGGGAUGAGCAGGCCCAUAACCAAAGAAGAAGUACUCGUAGAUAUUCCUCCACGAUCAAUCGCCGAUCGCUUGGUUUCUCGCUUCUUAAAGACAACUGAGCCAUCGUUGGUUUCCCUCCAUGUGCCUACCUUUCAGAAAGAGUAUGAUCAAUUCUGGAACAACCCACACAGCAUGUCAUUCACCUGGAUUGCGCUUCUCUACGCCAUUUUGACCUUGUCGGUAUCUUUGUAUCAUCGAAGCGAAGAGCCUCUGCCACUGAACAUGGUGGACCCGGUCACCGCUUGGAAUGUUUUCCGCAAGAGAGCUGCGCAGAGCCUGGUACAAGCGAACUAUCUAAUACCCGGCCGCUACAAAUGCGAGGCCUUGUUUCUCUACUCACUGUGCGAGUUUUAUCGGACCCAGGAUGCGCAGGUUGGAGUCUCGUAUCUUCUUGCAAUUACCAUCCGGCUCGCUAUGCGCAUGGGUUACCAUCGUGAUGCGAGACAUUACCCAAGCCUGUCUGCAUUCGACGGUGAAAUGCGGCGGCGUCUCUGGGCCCUACUUUGUCAACUUGAUAUCUUGAUCUCAUUCCAGGUCGGGCUACCACGAACGAUUCAACCAUGGCAGUACGACACUGAGUUGCCAUCCAACCUUCAUGACACGGAUUUUGACGAGAAUUCACCCCAAUUGCCUCAAGGGCGGUCUGAAGAGGGAGAACGGACAGCUUGCACGUACACGAGGGCGAAGUCCCGGAUCAUGAAAGUUUUCGGACAGGUUGUCGACCUGGCUUAUUCUCGAGAAUCGGUGCCCUAUGACGAGCUCCUGGCGAUUGAUCGUCGCUUAGAGGAAGCGCAUAAUCUGUUGCCUUCAACCUUUCAGAUGCAACCCAUGAGCCAGUGUAUCGCGUUACCGACGGACCUGAUCAUGCGGCGGUACACGCUGGAUCUGCUCUAUCAAAAGGCACGUGUGGUACUGCAUCGCCGGUACGUGGCAGAGCCUGGAAGCAAAUAUGCCUAUUCGCGAUCGGUCUGCCUAAGUGCCGCUCGAGAGACUCUGCGACACCAUUCCGAUAUUUGGAACGAGUCUUUACCAGGCGGUCAGCUGUACGCUGAGCGAUUCUUUGUCAACUCUCUCCAAAACACCGAUUUCAUGCUUUCGUCCAUGAUUCUUUGCUUAGAACUCUCACAGGACAGCGAACGUGGAAGUGCUGCGCGCUUGGGAGUCCAAGAGCACACUGAUCUGAUUUCUCUUUUGGAGACCACCCAUCGGAUUUUCAAGGAGGCACGGCGCCGGUCUGUGGACACGCAGCGGGCAUUUGCUGCCUUGACUAUCAUGCUAAGCAGGGUAAAGGGCACGAGCCUCGAGAGCCUAGUGUCAAAGAACGUAGAGGAGUCGAUUCCGAUUAGAGAUCAAUUGGCUUUCCAACCGGCUUCGACCUCAAUGAACCAAGAGCAGUACCAAAUGUACGCCGCAGCAAACGCUGGUGACCUGCAGGCGGCGAUGUACAAUACUAGCGAAACGCCAUCCUACUCGCCACUCGAUGUGAUUAAGGACAUGCUGAAUACGCCAGCUCAACUUGACUGGCGCCUGUAUGACAGCCGUGUGUCUGGGUUUGCGGGGCCGAACCAGGGCAAUGUCUGGCUCCCAGGCACCCAAGGAACGCCCAUGGGAAUGGAUUUUGUCACCUAUACUGGCGAUGCCUAUUCGUCCACGAAUCAUGGCUAG